UGCGCAGAAAGCAAAGUCUGGCAUGACGCGCUCGUGCUCGUCGGUAUUCCCGGAAGUGUGUCGCGCUCUGGCAUCGCCACCGCUCCCUCGUCGCGCCAUUGAGAAGUCAGGGAAGCUCACUCUAACCUAUUGACUCGCCGUAGCCGCAGGUUUACGUUGUCAAUCAUGGCCGAGCAGGAGCCCACACCAGAGCAGUUAGCCGCCAUCGCCGCCGAAAAUGAAGACACAGAGUCCGUCAACUACAAGCCACCAGCACAGAAAAGUCUUCAGGAGAUCCAGGAGCUGGACAAAGACGAUGAAAGCCUUCGCAAGUACAAAGAGGCUCUGCUGGGCGCUGGCGGCGUGACCGUAGAUCCUAACGCUCCUAACGUUCAGGUGACACGGCUAACGCUUAUGUGUGAAACGGCCCCGGCCCCGCUGACUCUUGACCUGCAGGGAGAUCUGGAGGCUUUUAAGAAGCAGUCAUUUAUACUAAAGGAAGGAGUGGAGUACAAGAUAAAGAUCACCUUCAAGGUAAACAAGGACAUCGUGUCAGGAUUGAAGUAUGUACAGCAGACCUUUAGGAAAGGAGUAAAGAUUGACAAAACGGACUACAUGGUGGGCAGCUACGGGCCUCGGCCGACCGAGUACGAGUUCCUGACGCCCUUAGAGGAGGCGCCCAAAGGCUUGCUGGCCCGCGGCACUUACACCAUUAAAUCAAAGUUCACCGACGACGACAAGCACGACCAUCUGUCCUGGGAAUGGAACCUCAACAUCAAGAAGGACUGGAAAGAUUGAGCCGUUUCCAAACCCUGCUGAUUUUCCUUCUUAUCAUUCUCCCUUCCUCUCCAACCUUCUCUAGUUCUCCCCAUCAUCAUCAUCAUCAUUAACUGGUGAUUUAAAGGAAAAGGAUCUUUCUCACUCCGUCCACUUUCCAUCUUUCUCCCUCUAUAUUCCCGUUCCUUUCUCUCCCAAUGAGUAUUGAGGCUUUUCAUGAAAUAUAUAUAUGUGAAAACAAACAAAAUCGUGCACAAUCCAUAUUUUGUGUUUUGCUUUGUUUGUAUAUAAAAAGGAAAAACAGGAAAAAUAUUGAGAAAAAAAAUUAUCUCGGAUGCUUUUGACAUGGUUAUUAGUAAUCUUCACUGUACCUGUGCCCUCAUUCCUUUCUCCGACAUUCCUUUCUUUCUUUUUUUUAAACCAUGAUCUGCCUUUUUAUAAAAAAAAAGUGUAUUGGAAGCAGUUUGUCACUCAGUUUUGCCUUUGGGAACGUGUCCGAUGCCUUUGAGAUGAGCUGUAUAGGGAGGGGUUAGCCGGAUAGCUGUAAAAAUGUAAGUGAUGUGGUGGAGCAGGUCUUUACUUGCCUCUUUGUAUGUAUGCGUGCGUGUCCACGUCUGACUUAGGGUUUGUGGGACGUCAUAACCUGUCCCGUCCGCUACUAAAAAUCAGCCUUGACCCUGCUCUAAUGUUUCAGGGUUUCCAUUGAACCGUUUCAUUGCCAUGUGGCCUUAAAAAAAUGAAUUGUGUAGCAAGACGUCGAUGACCUGCCUGGGUUUAAAUCCAAUAAGAUAUUUGUCUUACGAGUUGAUACUGAGCAAACUCCAUCCACAUAAUCAUACCUCCAUGCUUGCGCACAAACCUCCCAAAGACGACUGGUGCUCGCUUUGGAAUAUUGUACCCUUUGCUUCCGGUUUAGUGAGUUGUUGGCUUGCGCUCUGAAGCAGAAAAGGGCUUUUCGAUCACAGACCUCAGUAUUGAACUACUCGACCGAAAAAUGACAAACUACACUGACUGUGCCUCCAGUAUUGACAACCACGAGGUGCGAUCAAGCGAAGGAUGUUAAAACUCUAAAGAUGCAUUUGUAGGAGGUCUAGUAGUGAACCUAAAGUUUCAGUGUAGUGUAACCUCAAUGCUCGAUGCAUCACUUGUACUGUUUCAUACACACACAAACACACUUCAUGUCUGCGAGGAAGAAGCCUGUUGUGCUUGUCCAAACCGCUGCUUCUGUCUUCAUUUGUUUGGUUUUUCAGUGUACUUAUCUCUGUGAUAGCUGGAGAUUACUGUUCACCUGUCAAUAUUAAAGUGUUCAGAACAGA